CGCACGCAGGAGGAUCUGCAGCAGCUGCAGUCGGAGCUCAGGGUUGUGUCUGAGAGGUGCUACAGCUUCCUGGACAAAGCUCCUGCCGGGCCCAGCACGCCCCAGCUGCGCUCAGAGCUGGACCUGGUGGUGAACAAGAUGGAGCAGACCCAUGGGCUGUCUUCCAUCUACCUGGAAAAGUUGAAGACGGUUGACAUCAUUAUCCGCAGCACCCAGGGAGCAGAAUCCCUGGUCAAGGGCUACGAGGUGAAGCUGAGCCAGGAGGAGGCUGUUCCUGCUGACCUGGCAGCCAUUCACACCCACAGGGCGGCCCUGCAGCAAUGGCUCGGCGAGGUGAAGGACAAGGGCUCCGUGUUCUCCAGGCUGGAGGAGGAGAUGGCGAGGGCGAAGGAGGUGGGGGAGCAGCUCUUCAGGCUGAGGCAGGAGCGCAGCAUCGACCUGGAGCGCUUCCAGGAGAAGGGCAGCCAGCUGUGGGACCGCUGGCAGCGAGUCUGCGCCCAAAUUGAGACCCGCCACACGGAGCUGGAGAGCAUCCAGGAGGUGCUGAGCGAUUACCGGCAGUGCCACAGCGCCCUGAUCCAGUGGAUUGAGGAGAUCACAGCCCAGCAGGAGCUGAUGAAGCCCGGCCAGGCUGAGGACAGCCGGGUGCUGUCGGAGCAGCUCAGCCAGCAAACGGCUUUGGCUGCAGAAAUUGAGAAGAACCAAGCCAAGCUGGACCAGUGUCAGAAAUUCUCCCAGCAAUACUCGGCUGCUGUCAAGGACUAUGAGCUGCAGCUGAUGACCUACAGGGCCUUCGUGGAGUCGCAGCAGAAGUCGCCCAUGAAGCGCCGGCGGAUGCUCUCCUCCUCAGAUGCCAUCACCCAGGAGUUCAUGGAUUUGAGGACUCGUUACACAGCCCUGGUCACUCUGACCACCCAGCACGUGAAGUACAUCAGUGACGCUCUGCGGCGCCUGGAGGAGGAGGAGAAAGUGGUGGAGGAGGAGAAGCAGGAGCACGUGGACAAGGUGAAGGAGCUCCUGGGCUGGGCCCUGGGCUUGAAGCAGAGUGUGCAGGGCAGGGCAGCUGCUGCUGGCAGCAGAGAGCUGGGAGACAUCGAGAAAUCCAUUUCAGAGCAGCAGGCCCUGAAUGAGGAGCUGACUGCAAAGAAGGAGCAGGUCUCUGAGGCCAUCAAAACUUCCCAAAUCUUCCUGGCAAAACACAGCCACAAGCUUUCCCAAUCAGAAAAGGACCAGAUUUCUGCUCAGAUUGGUGCUCUGAAGGAAACCUACCAGGCUCUCUGCAGCAACUCCACGGAGCAGCUCCAGCAGCUCCAGAGCCAGCUGGCUCAGCAGACAGAGCACAAGGGCAGCGAAGCCGUGGCAGGAGUGAUCGAUCUUGGCACGGUAGAAAUAUUCCCUGUGUUUGGUGCCAUGCAGAGAGGUCUGAUAGAUCAGGACACAGGCCUGGUCCUCCUGGAGGCCCAGGUGAUCUCCUCUGACUUAGUUGUCCCAGAGACCAGUGAGAAACUCUCCUUGGAGGAAGCCCUGGCAAGAAACAUCAUUGAUCCCAGGGCGUUCCAGGUGCUGCAGGAACUGAAGGAUGCCCUCCAGCAGGUGGAAGAGAUCAGAUGUGAAGGGAGGCAGCUCCUCCCCGUCGCUGCUGCCAUAGAAGAGGGCAGGAUCAGUGAGAGCGUUGGGCUGAAGAUUCUUGAGGCUGAGCUCCUCACCGGGGGCUUUAAAUUCCAGCAGGGCAGGAUCAGCAUGGAGGCAGCAGUGCAAGAAGGGCUCCUUCCCCCCCAGCUCCACUCCAGGCUCCUGUCUCACCUGGAAUGUGGCAAGGAUCUGAUUGACCCCAACACUGCUGAGAAGAUCAGCCUGCCUGAGCUCCUGGACAGGUGCAUCACCCACCACGAGACCGGGCUGAGGCUGCUUCCAGUCAGGCAGCUGGCGGGUGGCAUGGUGAGCCUGAGGUCAGGCAGGGAGGUCAGCAUCUUCCGUGCUCUCCAGGAGGGGCUCAUAGACAGGCAGGUGACCACCAGGCUGCUGGAAGCCCAGCUCUUUGCUGGUGGCAUUGUGGACCCCAGGACAGGGCACAGGCUGACCGUGGAUGAGGCUGUCAGGCACCAUUUGAUCGAGCAGGAUUUGGCCUGCACGCUCCUCAUCCGGCAGCUGCAGACCGGUGGGAUCGUGGACACCACCACGGGAGAGAGGCUGAGCGUGGAUGAAGCCCUGAGGAGGGGUUUGGUGGCUCCAAGGACAGCCCUGCUGGUGCUGGAAUCCCUGUGGUCCUUCAUGGGGCUGCUGUGGCCAGAGACAGGGGAGGUCAUCCCCGUUGCAGAUGCUUUGGAGCAGGGGAUGCUCUCCACGGAGUUGAUGGAGGAGGCUCUGAGCAAGAGGCAGCGCCUGCAGGCUGUUUUUAUCCCAGAAACCACAGAGGUGGUGUCCUGGCAGAGGGCAGUGGAGCAGGGCAUCCUGGACAGGGAGGUGGUGAAGGAGCUGAAAGCAACAGCCAUCCCUGAUGUCCUGGACAGCGUGCAGCUCUCUGGAGCUCCAGGCAGGAGCCAGAGCUCCCCUGGAAGGAGCCCCAUGGGUCAGGAGGAACCUCUGCUGAGGAGUGAUGGUGAAAGGCUGAUGUUCCACCUGAUGACCCACAGCUACAUCAACAUCCACGAUGGCCAGAAGGUGCUCCUGGUGGAUGCAGAGUUGAAGAAUCUCACUAAAGCUCUCAUCCAAAGCCAGGAAAAUGGAUCCUGUGCACAGGUGUUGGAAGGCUUUGAGGAGGCAGAGGCACAGGUGUUGGAAGGCUUUGAGGAGACAGAGGCAGCUCUUGAAAGCAAACCUUGCAAUGGUUUGGCUUUGCAGCAGCUUGAGCUUCAAUUUGCUCCUUCAAAAGGUGAAAGUGAGAAGAUCCUACCACCCAGAACUGCUCUGGAGAAUGGGGAGGUGGUGGUGGGACCUGAAAGUCUCCUCUUGGAGGAUGCAGAGGAUUUCCUGCGUGUGGAAGAGCAGGAGCAGAUUUCCACUGAGCUGGAGAGCAUCAGGAGUGAAACUGAUGCUGAAUUUGGAAAAGAACAGGUGACUUUUAUAACCAGGGAUAAACAUCAGGUAAAAUCAUUGAUGCCAGAACCUCCCAGUGACCUUGGUAGUGGAUUAACCAGAGAAACAGAGGAAAUGAUGAUUGAGACAGAGGAGUCCAAGCCUCCUGCAGCAGAUGCAGUGGAAGGUCCCGAAUAUCAGAAGAGGGCAUUGGAAAGUGGGGUAGUGGUUGUGAAAAGUGAAAUCUGCAUAACAAUGGGCGUUCCAGAAAGCAGAGACAGACUGAAAAUGGUGGCAGAGAGGUCUCAGGGUGUGAGGGAGCCUGAAGGAGGGGCAGAAGAUGUGAGAGAUGUGAGAGGGGUUUAUUUGCUGAAGGAGGGGACAGUUGAAAAUGGUGUGCUGGCAGGAGAGGAGGUUGUGCUGCUCCCUGCACGUGGGGAGGCAGCACCAGCAGAGAGGCAAAGCAAGGACCUGGAAACUGUGCUGAAGGUGGAGGAAGGAGAGUGGGAAGAAGUUCUGGGUGAUGAGGGCGUUGAGGAGCCACCCCUGCCACCCCAUGAGGAGCGGGAAGCAGAGGACACAGGAGAGCAGGAGGAAGUUUUGGGUGAUGAGGGCGUUGAGGAGCCACCCCAUGAGGAGCAGGAAGCAGAGGACACAGGAGAGCAGGAAGAAGUUCUGGGUGAUGAGGGCGUUGAGGAGCCACCCCUGCCACCCCAUGAGGAGCAGGAAGCAGAGGACACUUUGGAAAAGCUCCUGAUGCAGCUCCAAAGUGGUGGCAUCACCCACGAGCAGACGGGCAGGACCCUGCUGCUGGAUGAGGCUGUGGCCUCUGGGGUGGUGUCCGGCCACACAGCUGUGAAACUCAUGGAGAAGAUGAAGAUGUUCAGUGGCUUCUUUGACCCUCGGGCCUGUGAAUCCCUGACCACUGAGGACGUGAUUGAAGAAGGUCUGAUGGAUGAGGAGCUGCUCCAGAAGGUCCUCACGUCUGACAAAGCCAUAAGUGGCGUCCUUGACCCGGGCAACAACUUUGUCUACUCCAUCAAGGACGCUGCUGCCGUUGGCCUUCUGGACAAGGAGACAGCCAUGAGGAUCCUGGAAGGGCAGGUGGUCACUGGGGGCAUUGUUGACUUGAAACGUGGCAAGAAAGUGUCAGUGACUUUGGCUUCAAAUCUGGGCCUCAUAGAGCCAACGAGCCAGGCAGAGCUGGUCAAGCUGGAGAAGGCUUCCAAGGGGAAAGGCACUGAUGAGGUGACCAGGCAGAAGCUCAUUGAUUUGCAGGCUGAGACCAGUGGGAUUGUGGAUCCUGCAAGCAAGCAGCCUUUGACUGUGGCAGAGGCUGUGGAAAAGGGGCUCCUGGAGAAGGAAAAAGCCUUUCAGCUCUUGACCAAGCAGGUUGGUGAUGGAGGGAUCAUCCACCACGUGUCUGGGAUGAGGCUGUCGGUGGACAAUGCCAUGAAGCACGGUUUGAUCAGUCCAGACCUGUGCAAGGAGCUCAGGAAAGCUGAAAGCGUGGUCCUGCAGGGCUUUGUGCACCCAGCUACAAAGGAGAAGCUGCCCUUGCCCCAGGCAGUGUCACUGGGGCUCCUCAGCCCAGAAUUCCAGAGGAAAGUGCAGGAAAUCCAGGCUGAGAGUGGGAGCAUCCUCCAUCCAUCUUCUGGCCAGCGGCUGGCGCUGAGUGAGGCGGUGCAGGAGGGCUUGGUGCCCCAGCAGGUGGUGGAGAAAGCCCUGUCAUCUUCAGCAAUGAGAGAAGGCAUUGUAGACCCUGAGAGCUGCCAGAUCACCCCCUACUCAGAGUUCCUGAAGAAAUGCAAAAUCGACAUCGAAUCCGGCCAGCGGUACCUGGAGGUGCAUCCCCUGCAGGCCAUCAGGGACGAGGCGACAGGGACCAAGCUGCCGUGUGCCCAGGCAGUGAGGCUGGGCAGGGUGGACCCCCUGCCUGCCCUGAGGCUGCUGCAGGCACAGGCAGACGCUGGAGGCGUGGUGGAAGGCUCUGUGAGCAAGAGGCUGUCCCUGAGGGCAGCUGUGGAGCAGGGCGUGCUGGAUGAGGCCAUGGCCAAAGUCAUCGCCAGCAACCAGCUCAGGGCUGGGGGAAUCGUGGAUGCCCCCGGUGGGAAAAGGUUGACUGUGAAGGAAGCUGUUGAGAAAGGAUUGAUUAGCCAAAAAUUAGCUGCUGGUCUUCAAGACGUGCAAAUAUCCAAGGAGAAAGUUGGCUCUGAGGUGUUCAGAGUAGAAAAAUUGCAAGUUUCGCAGGAAGAAAUAGAAAAAUUAUCUCCAAAAGAGGAAGGUGUCAUCCUCCCUGCCAGGUCUGAUGGUGCUGAGCCCAAAGCUCACCCCGAAGCUGUGAGCUAUGACACAGCUCAGGCUGUUGGGAAAGGGCUGAUUAGCCAAAAAUCAGCUGCUGGUCUUCGGGAUGUGCAAAUGUCCGAGGAGAAAGUUGGUUCUGAGGUGUUCAAAGUGGAAAAAAUGCAGGAAAAAAUAGAAAAACUGUCUCCAAAAGAGGAAGGUGUCAUCCUCCCUGCCAGGUCUGGUGGUGCUGAGCCCAAAGCUCACCCUGAAGCUGUGAGCUAUGACACAGCUCAGAGUGCAGCUGCAGCCACUGAGAAAUCCCCCAAAGCACGGACAGAAAGGGAAUUAAAACCCCAGGAAGCUUCAGAGGGUUCUGUCCAUCCCCAAGAUGAACAUCAUCAUCAUCAUCUUCAUCACCCCCAGGCAAAGGCUGAGGUGACUCCAGAGCUCCCCUCAGUGUUGGGGACAGUGUAUCUCCCUGAAGAGGCAGUGGCUGUGGAAAAAGGGAUCCCAAAAGGCAUCUCCCAAGUGAGAGCAGCCCAGGGCAAGGAAUUGAGGGAAGAAAUGGAUGGAAGGACAGAGAAAGUUGAGAGACAGGGCUUGGAGAAGGGCACAGAGGUGCUUCACAAGGAGGAUGAUGAGGAGAGGAGGAGGAAGAGGAGAGAGUUUGUAAGUGCAGAGGGAGUUGUGGCAGGUGGAGAAGGUGCAGUGGUGAUUUCUGGGCAAGGAGAGGGAGUGACCAGCGUGGUCCAGGAGACACCAGGAGCCCUGAGGGAAUCUGUCAGUGUGGGCACAGGGAAGGGAGGGAUGGGUCCUGCAGAACCCCCUGAGCUUGGUGUUCCUGUGGGAGAUGAGCUUGCAGGGAAAAAAGCUGCCAAACACACAGAAAGAGAAACCCCUCGCAUAGAAAGUGCCGUUGGUCAGGAAAAACCAAGCGAAACUGAGCUAAAACCUACCCAGAAAAAGAAAAGCAAGAAGAAGAAAGCGAAGCAGGGCAGCAUUCCAGGAGACGGCGCUCAGCCAGAGAAACCUGCAGAGAAGCAGCUCCUUCCUUCCCUGGCUUCCCAAGAAAUUCCAAGGAGAAAGGGUGAGGAACAGCACUUUGUCUCCAGGGUGCCAGAGGCAGAACGUGAAUCCAGCACCGAGGCUGCUGCUGGGCUGGCACGAGGCACAGCCAAGCCCAAGGGUGGAAAAGGGAAGGAAACAAUUCCUGGGAAAGAUACAGAAACCCCCAGAGAGGAUCAGGUGCUCCCUGAACACAGGGAUGCUCAAGAGGUGGUGGAAGGUGGCACCAAGGAUGGGCAGGAUUCCUUGGUGGCCCUGAAACGUGAGGAAAGGAGCCUGAGUCUGGAGGAAAGGAUGGCGACACCAGGAUGGAAACCACCCAGGAUGUGCCCAGCACAGCCACCAUGGCACAGGAGCUGCCCCGGGACUUAAUUAUCACAGAGGAACGCACAGAAAUUCAGGAAACCUCUGGAAUCCUGGAGCUUGGAGAGGAGGAACAGCACGAGCAAAGAGCUGAGCCCAGAGCAGACCAAGGAGGAGCCCCUGCUCCCCCAAAACCCCAAGAAGAGCCCCCACAGGAGAGGAGCAAGCAGCCAGGCCCAGGUUUGCUCUUACCUGUGAUCGUGGAGGGAGAGAUGCUGGAAACCUCGAGGGAAUCCACGAGGCCGGCCCAGAUCAAGUUCAGCAAGAAGAUGUGUCUGGAGCACGACCAGAGGCUGAUAUCUUAUCUCUCCAUGCUCCGAGACAUCGAGAUGAGAAUCAAACGUGUGCAGCCAGCAGAGCAGAAUUUGGCAGCCCUGCAGGACCUGAGGCAGCAAGCAGAGGCUCUGGGCUCCGAGCUGCAGGAGCUGAGCUUCCCAGUGAAUCAGGAGCUGGAUGCCGUGCAGAGGAUUGUGGCCAACCCCCCUGAAGAGGUCCCUGAGCAGUUACUGAAGGCUUUGGAGAAGGAUGCCAAGAACCUCCACAAGUCUCUGAGCUCUGCAAGUGAGGUCCUGCAGUCCCGGCUGCAAAACCUUCGUGGGGCAGCAGAAGCUGAAAAGGCUAAAAUCCUGGCCCAGCACGAGGCUCUGGAGGGCAGGCUGCAGGAGCUGCUGAGCUGGGUCUGUGGCACCACGGAGUCACUGGAUGACAGAGAUUUCCAGCAGGCCACCGAUGGCAGCAGCUUGAGUCAGUGCCUGCAGCACUACAAGGAGCUGAAGGAGCCCCUUGCUGACACCAAGGCUGAGCUGGACGCCGCUGCCUUUGACAUCCAGCUCCUCAUCUCGGAGCACGCGCAGGAUUUGACCCCGCAGCAGAGCAGGCAGCUGCUGAGGCUGCUCAAUGAGCUGCAGAAAGCCUUCAGGGAGCUGUCAGAGCGUGUGGCAGCACGGCUGCAGGUGCUGCAGCUCUGGCUCCAGCAAGCGGAGCAGAGGGAGCAGGUGAAGACGCUGCAGGAGCAGCAGGCAGCCCGGGCACGGAGCCUGGCCGAGCUGAGCCGCUGGCUGGGCCAGGCUGAGGACACCCUGGCAGAGCAGCAGAGAGCAGAGGGGGACCUGCCCGCCCUCCAGCAGAGGCAGAGCGAUGUUAAGGAGCUGCAGAGGAGCAUGCACAGCAGAGCCGCCUCCUUCGCCGGUGUCCUGAAGAGCACAGAGCAGUUCUUGGAGGAGAACAAGGCCAAGCUGGAGCCUGGGGAGCUGGCAGCGCUGCAGCAGGACCUGCAGCGUGCCAAGGAGCAGUACCAGUCCCUGCAGGAGAGGACAGAGGUGGCCCAGAAGGAGCUGGAGAGUGCAGUGAGUGCUGCAGUGCAGCAGGAGACUGAGAAGGUGAAAGCUGCCAAGGAGCUGGAGGAGAACAGCAAUAAGAUCGAUUCCCUCCUGAGCUGGGUGGCAUCGCUGGAGCAGAGGGGAGAGCUCCCAGAGUACAGACCACACCCUGCCAGCCCAGGCACAGCAAAAAGCACUGGGGAUGUCCCUGAUGGCCACACUGUGGGAGCAGGCAGUGCUGCUGAGAGCCUGGAUGAGCACUACGAGAGGCUGAAGGCUCAGCACCAGGAGCUGCUGUCCCAGCAGCAGGACAUCAUCCUGGCCACGCAGGCAGCACAGGCUUUCCUGGACAAGCAGGGGCCCAGCCUGGCUGGGCAGGAGCAGGAGAGGCUGCAGGCACAGCUGGCGCAGCUGCGGGAGCGGUACCCGGCGUCGCUGGCGCGCGCCGAGGCGCAGCUCAAACGGGUGCAGCUCCUCAGGGAGGAGCUCCACAAGUUCCUGCAGGACCACGGGGAGUUCCAGGCCUGGCUGGAGCAGGCAGAGCAGGAGCUGCAGGGCAUGUACAAGGGGGACAGCGACCCUGCCUCCCUGAGGCAGCUGCUGCGGCGCCAGGGCAGCUUCGCCGAGGAUGUGAUCUCCCACAAGGGGGACCUGCGCUUCGUCACCAUGUCGGGGGAGAAGUUUCUGGAUGGGGAUGCUGGGGGUGAUGAAUCCCAGCUGGUGAUGUCCAGGAGUGUGGUCAAGAGCAAGCUGGAGGACGCCACGCAGAGAUACACCACGCUGCACUCCAAGUGCUCCAAGCUGGGCUCCCACCUGAACACCUUGCUGGAUCACUACCAGCAGUUCCAGGAGGUGGCAGAGUCUCUGAGGACGUGGCUGCAGGAGAGUGAGGCUGCCCUGGGGAAGCUGCUCUCAGAAACGGUUUCCUCAGAUCUGGCCGUGCUGCAGAAGCAGCUUGCCAGCACCAAGCAACUGCAGGGGGACCUGGCUGAGCACCAGGUGCCAGUGGAGAAGCUGCAGAAAGCAGCUCGGACCCUGCUGGACAUCCAAGGGGAGCCAGCCCCAGACCACGGCCACAUCCAGGAGACAACAGAUGCCAUCGUGAGCCGCUUCCAGAGCCUCUCCCAGCAGAUGUCCGAGCGCUCAGACCUGCUGCAGAAAUCCAUUGCCCAGUCCCAGAGCGUCCAGGAGAGCCUGGAGAGCCUCCUCCAGUCCGUGGCUGAGAUUGAGAAGAGCCUGGAGAAGGAUCAGCCAGCUGUGCUCACCUCUGCCUCCAUCCAGGACUCGCUUGCCACCAGUGUGAAGCUGAAGCAGGACAUUGCCAGGCAGAGGAGCAGCCUGGAGGCCACCAGGGAGAUGGUGACGCGCUUCACCGAGGCCGCCGACAGCCCCGCGGCCUCCACGCUGCAGGACAAGCUGGCCCGGGUGACAGAGCACUUUGGGAGGCUGUGCCAGCAGCAGCAGCAGCGGGAGGACACCCUCAAGGGCCUGCUGCCCAAGGUGGAGCAGUACGAGCAGCUGUGGGAGAAGCUGCAGCAGUUCACGGAGAGCAGGACGCGGCUGCUGGCGUCCGGCAACCAGCCGGACCACGACAUCGCUCACUUCUCCCAGCACAUCCAGGAGCUGAACUCGGAGAUGAGGCAGCACCAGGAGGACCUGGCCACCCUGGAGCACCUGGCCGAGGAGCUGAGCUCCUGUGGCUUCACCCCCAGCUCCUCCCAGCAGCAGGAGAAGCUGCAGAGCCUGAAGAAAGAUUUCCUGCAGCUCCAAAAGGUGGCAAAGGACAGAGAAAAGGAUGCCUCAUCCUGCCAGGAGCAACUGGACGAGUUUCGGAACCUGGUCAGCGCCGUCAGGAAGUGGCUGAGGGAGACUGAAGGCAAAAUUCCACCUGCUGAGACCUCCCUGGGCACCCAGGAGCUGCAGCAGCGCAGGCAGCAGAUCCAGGAUCUCCUGGAGGAAUGGAAGGGGAAGGGCCCCCAGGUGGAGGAGAUUGGCCGCAGAGGGACCCUCCUGGAGAACCUGAUCGUGGAGAUCACGGCCCCCAACACCCCUCCCAAGGCAGGUGCCCCUCUGCCCACUGCAGGAGGCUCAGGAGGCAGCGUGAACGGAUACCACACCUGCAAAGACCUGACGGAGAUCCAGUGCGACGUGUCGGACGUGAGCCGGCGGUACCAGGCGCUGGGUGCAGCCCUGCAGGAGCGCCUGCAGCAGCUCUCAGCCAUGCUGGACAGCAUGCAGCAGGUGCAGGAGGAGGCCAGCUCCAUGCUCAAGUGGCUGGAGUCCAAGGAAAGGAUGCUGUCCGAGCUGGACGCCUCCUCCUCGCCCACCAAGACGGAGACGAUGAGAGCACAGGCUGAGCACAACAAGGCAUUUCUGGCUGAGUUGGAACAGAAUUCUGGGAAGAUCCAGAAGGUGAAGGAAGCACUUUCUGGCUUGCUGGAGAAAUAUCCAGAUUCCCCAGAAGCAGCGAACUGGAAGAAGAUGCAGGAAGACCUGAAUUGCAGGUGGGAGAGGGCCAGCCAGGCCACAGCUGCACGGCAGCAGAAGCUGGAGGAGUCAGCGACCCAGCUGGCCACGUUCCAGGCCACUGAGGCCCAGCUGAGGCCCUGGCUGAUGGAGAAGGAGCUGAUGAUGAGCGUGCUGGGCCCCCUCUCCAUCGACCCCAACAUGCUGAACGCUCAGAAGCAGCAGGUGCAGUUUAUGCUGAAGGAAUUCGAAGCUCGCCGGCAGCAGCACGAGCAGCUCAACCAGGCAGCCCAGAGCAUCCUGACUGGGCCUGGGGAUGUCUCCCCAUCCACCAGCCAGGUGCAGGAGGAGCUUCAAGGGGUCAACCAGAAAUGGUCCGAGCUCACCGAGCGCCUCAACUCCCGCUCCAGCCAGAUUGACCAAGCUAUAGUGAAGAGCACCCAGUACCAGGAGCUUCUGCAGGGCCUCUCAGAGAAGGUGAAGGCUGUUGGGCAGCGCCUGAGCAGCCAGUCUGCCAUCAGCACCCAGCCUGAUGCCGUCAAACAGCAGCUGGAGGAGACCAGCGAGAUCCGCUCGGACCUGGAGCAGCUGGAGGAGGAGAUCUCAGAGGCUCAGACCCUCUGUGAUGACCUCUCCGUGCUGAUUGGGGAGCAGUACCUCAAGGAUGAGUUGAGGAAACGUCUGGAGACGGUGGCACUUCCCCUCAAAGGGCUGGAAGAUCUGGCAGCCGACCGGAUGAACCGGCUGCAGACAGCGCUCGCCAGCUCCCAGCAGUUCCAGCACAUGUUUGAUGAACUCAGGACCUGGCUGGAUGACAAAAGGUGCCAGCAAGCCCAGAGCCAGCCCAUCUCCGCUAAGCUGGAGAGGCUGCAGAGCCAAAUCCAGGAGCAAGAAGAGUUCCAGAAGAGCCUCAACCAACACAGCGGCUCCUACGAGAUGAUUGUGGCCGAGGGAGAGUCUUUGCUGCUGUCUGUCCAGCCUGGGGAGGAGAAGACCACUCUACAGAACCAGCUGGUGAGCCUGAAAACACACUGGGAGGAGCUCAGCAAGCAGGCUGCUGACAGGCACUCCAAGCUCAAGGACUGCUUGCAGAAAGCUCACAAGUACCAGCGGCACGCCGACGACCUCCUGCCCUGGGUGGAGGACUGCAGGGCGAGGAUGGCAGAGCUGGAGGUAACCCUGGAUCCAGUGCAGCUGGAGGCCACUCUCCUGAGGUCCAAGGCCAUGCUGAGUGACGUGGAGAAGCGCAGGUCCCUGCUGGAGAUGCUCAACAGCGCUGCUGACAUCCUGACUGACGCUUCCCAGACGGACGAGGAUGACAUCCGCGAUGAGAAGGCCGCCAUCAACCACAAGAUGGAUGCCAUCACAGAAGAGCUGCAAACCAAGACUGGCUCCAUUGAAGAAAUGUCCCAGAGGCUCAAGGAGUUCCAGGAGAGCUUCAAGAACAUCGAGAAGAAGCUGGAAGGGGCAAAGCACCAGCUGGAGAUCUACGACGCCCUGGGGCCACAAGCCUGCAGCAACAAGAAUUUGGAGAAGCUCAGGGCACAGCAGGAGGUGCUGCAGGCCCUGGAGCCACAGGUGGAUUAUCUGAAAAACCUCACUCAGGGCCUGGUAGAAGAUGCUCCAGACGGAUCUGACUGCUCCCAGCUCCUCAGCCAAGCUGAGCUGGCUCAGCAGGACUUCAAGGCCGUCAAGCAGAAAGUCAACGAUUGCUGCGCUCUGAUGGAGAACAAGCUGGAAGGGAUCGGCCAGUUCAACAGCAGGGUCAGGGAGAUGUUCUCACAGCUGGCGGACCUGGAUGAUGAGCUGGACAGCAUGGGCCCCAUCGGGAGAGACUCUGACAGCCUCCAGUCCCAGGCCGAGGACGUCCGCGCCUUCCUGGGCAAGCUGCACCGCCUGAAAGGCGACAUCGAGUCCUCUGAGAGCGAGUGCAAGAAAAUGCUGGAGGACGAGGGCAGCCCCGACCUGCUGGGGCUGAAGAGGGAGCUGGAGACGCUGAGCAAGCAGUGCAGCAAGCUGACGGAGAGGGGCAGGAACCGGCAGGAGCAGGUGGAGACCACGCUGUCGCGCGUGGAGGACUUCUACAGCCGCCUGAAGGAGCUGAGCCUCAUGACCACGGCGGCCGAGGAGAACGAGGCCCUGCAGUGGGUGGUGGGCACAGAGGUGGAGACCAUCAACCAGCAGCUGGCAGACUUCAAGCAAUUCCAGAAGGAGCAAGUGGAUCCCCUCCAGCUAAAGCUACAGCAAGUCAAUGGAGUUGGUCAGGGACUCAUCCAAAGCGCCGGGAAAAACUGUGAUGUCCAAGGGCUGGAGCACGACAUGGAAGAAAUCAACACCCGCUGGAACACCCUCAACAAGAAGGUGGCCCAGCGAGUGGCCCAGCUGCAGGAGGCCCUGUUGCACUGCGGGAAGUUCCAGGAUGCCCUGGAGCCACUGCUGAGCUGGCUGGCGGACACCGAGGAGCUCAUCUCCAACCAGAAACCUCCCUCUGCCGAGUACAAGGUGGUGAAAGCCCAGAUCCAAGAGCAGAAGGGUGCGGCCGCAAGGCAGCCCUGCUGGACCAGGCCCUGGCCAACGCCAGGAUUUUUGGGGAGGAGGAGGUGGAAGUGCUCAACUGGCUGGCUGAGGUGGAGGACAAGCUGGGCUCGGUGUCCGUAAAGGAUUUCAAACGGGACGUCCUGCAGAAGCAGCAUGCCGACCAGCUGGCUCUGAAUGAGGAAAUUGUGAACAGGAAGAAGAACGUGGACCAAGCCAUUAGAAAUGGGCAAGCUCUCCUGAAGCAAACCACAGGGGAGGAGGUGCUGCUGAUCCAGGAGAAGCUGGACGGAAUCAAGACGCGCUACUCCGACAUCACCGCCGCCAGCUCCAAGGCCCUGCGCACGCUGGAGCAGGCACGGCAGCUGGCCACCAAAUUCCAGUCCACCCACGAGGAGCUCACAGGGUGGAUGAGCAAGGUGGAGGAGGAGCUGGCCUCCAGCGGGGCGCAAUCCCCUGCUGGAGAGCAGAUCCCCCAGUUCCAGCAGCGGCAAAAGGAGCUGAAGAAGGAGGUGAUGGAGCACAGGCUGGUCCUGGACACGGUGAACGAGGUGAGCAGGGCUCUGCUGGAGCUGGUUCCCUGGAGAGCCCGGGAGGGGCUGGACAAGCUGGUGUCGGACACCAACGAGCGCUACAAGCUGGUCAGUGACACCAUCAGGCAGAGGGUGGAGGAGAUCGAUGCUGCUAUCCAGAGGUCUCAGCAGUACGAGCAGGCAGCUGAUGCAGAGCUGGCCUGGGUGGCUGAGACCAAGAGGAAGCUGAUGGCCCUGGGUCCCAUCCGCCUGGAGCAGGACCAGACAACGGCCCAGCUGCAGGUGCAGAAGGCGUUUUCCAUCGACAUCAUCCGGCACAAGGACUCCAUGGACGAGCUCUUCAGCCAGCGCCACGAGAUCUUUGGCACCUGUGGAGAGGAGCAAAAAGCUGUUCUCCAGGAGAAAACCGAGUCCCUGGUGCAGCAGUACGAGGCUGUGAGCCAGCUCAACUCGGAGCGUUACGCCCGCUUGGAGCGUGCCCAGGUGCUGGUGAACCAGUUCUGGGAGACCUACGAGGAGCUGAACCCAUGGAUUGAGGAGACCCAGGCCCUCAUCUCCCAGCUGCCACCCCCAGCCAUCGACCACGAGCAGCUCAAGCAGCAGCAGGAUGACAUGAGGCAACUGCGAGAGUCCAUCGCUGAACACAAACCUCACAUCGACAAGCUGCUGAAAAUCGGGCCCCAGCUCAAGGACCUCAACCCCGAGGAAGGGGAGAUGGUGCAGGAAAAAUACUCCAGGGCUGAAGCCUUGUAUGCCAAAAUCAAGGAGGAGGUUUGCCUGCGAGCCCUGGCGCUGGACGAGGCGUUCUCACAGUCCACCCAGAUUUCGGAGUUCCACGACAAGAUCGAGCCCAUGCUGGAGAGCCUGGAGAGCCUCUCGUCCCGCCUGCGGCUGCCGCCCCUGAUCCCCGCCGAGGUGGACAAGAUCCGCGAGUGCAUCAGCGAGAACAAGAACUCCACCGUGGAGCUGGAGAAGCUGCAGCCCUCCUUUGAGGCCCUCAAACGCCGUGGGGAAGAGCUCAUCGCCCGCUCCCAGGGAGCAGACAAGGACCUGGCAGCCAAAGUCAUCCAGGACAAGCUGGAUCAGAUGGUUUUCUUCUGGGAAGACAUCAAAGCUCGCACCGAGGAGCGCGAGAUGAAGUUCCUCGAUGUCCUGGAGCUUGCAGAGAAGUUCUGGUACGACAUGGCAGCGCUCCUGACGACCAUCAAGGACACCCAGGACAUUGUCCACGACCUGGAGAGCCCAGGCAUUGACCCCUCCAUCAUCAAGCAGCAGGUGGAAGCAGCAGAGACCAUCAAGGAGGAGACAGACGGGUUGCACGAGGAGCUGGAGUUCAUCCGCCUCCUGGGGACUGAUCUCAUCUUUGCCUGCGGUGAGACUGAGAAGCCAGAAGUGAAGAAGAGCAUUGACGAGAUGAACAACGCGUGGGAAAACCUGAACAAGACGUGGAAGGAGAGGCUGGAGAAGCUGGAGGAAGCCAUGCAGUCAGCUGUGCAGUACCAGGACACACUCCAGGCCAUGUUUGACUGGCUGGACAACGCUGUGAUCAAACUGUGCAACAUGUCCCCCGUGGGCACCGACCUGAGCACGGUCAAGGAGCAGAUGAACGAGAUGAAGGAGUUUAAAAUGGAGGUUUACCAGCAGCAGAUUGAGAUGGAAAAGCUUAAUCACCAAGGUGAACUGAUGCUAAAAAAGGCUACGGAUGAGACAGACAGAGACAUCAUCAAGGAGCCACUGACAGAGCUCAAACACCUCUGGGAGAACUUGGGCGAGAAAAUUGCUCACAGACAGCACAAGCUGGAAGCCGCCCUGCUGGCCCUGGGCCAGUUCCAGCACGCCCUGGCAGAGCUGAUGGCCUGGCUCACCCACACCGAGGAGCUGCUGGAUGCCCAGAAACCCAUCAAUGGGGACCCUAAAGUCAUCGAGGUGGAACUUGCAAAGCACCACGUGCUGAAGAAUGAUGUGCUGGCCCACCAAGCAACCGUGGAGACAGUGAACAAAGCAGGGAAUGAGCUGCUGGAGUCGAGUGCAGGGGACGAUGCCAGCAGCCUGCGGAACCGCCUGGAGAAGCUGAAUUCCUGCUGGGAAUCUGUGCUGCAGAAAACAGAGGAGAGGGAGCAGCAGCUGCAGUCCACCCUCCAGCAGGCUCAGGGUUUCCAUGGUGAGAUUGAAGACUUCCUCCUGUGGCUAACGAGGAUGGAGAGCCAAUUGUCGGCCUCAAAACCCACGGGAGGUCUGCCAGAAACUGCCCGGGAACAGCUCAAUGCCCACAUGGAGCUCUACAGCCAGCUCAAAGCCAAGGAGGAUGUCUACAGCCAGCUGCUGGCCAAGGGGAGGCUGAUGCUGCUCAACCGCGAUGAUUCCGGCUCCAGCUCCAAGACAGAGCAGAGCGUGGCCCUGCUGGAGCAGAAAUGGACUCUGGUCAGCACCAAGAUGGAGGAGAGAAAGGCGAAGCUGGAAGAGGCAUUGGCCCUGGCCACGGACUUCCAGAACUCCCUGCAGGAUUUCAUCAACUGGCUGACGCUGGCUGAGCAGAGCCUGAACAUUGCCCCACCGCCCAGCCUCAUCCUGGCCGCGGUGCUGGCCCAGAUCGACGAGCACAAGGUGUUCGCCAACGAGGUGAACGCGCACCGCGACCGCAUCAUCGAGCUGGACCAGACUGGCAACCAGCUGAAGUUCCUCAGCCAGAAGCAGGACGUGGUGCUGAUCAAGAACCUGCUGGUCAGCGUCCAGUCCCGCUGGGAGAAGGUGGUGCAGCGCUCGGUGGAGAGGGGACGGGCUCUUGAUGAUGCCAGGAAGAGAGCCAAGCAGUUCCACGAAGCCUGGAAGAAGCUGAUUGAUUGGCUGGAGGAUGCAGAGAAUCACCUGGACUCAGAGCUGGAGAUCUCCAAUGACCCUGACAAAAUCAAGCUGCAGCUCUCCAAACACAAGGAGUUCCAGAAGACCCUGGGUGGGAAGCAGCCUGUGUAUGACACCACCAUCAGGACAGGCAGAGCCCUCAAAGAAAAAGCCUUGCUUCCAGAUGACACUCAAAAACUGGACAAUUUGCUGGGAGAAGUCAGGGAUAAAUGGGACACAGUGUGUGGGAAAUCCGUGGAAAGGCAGCACAAGCUGGAGGAGGCCCUUCUGUUCUCUGGGCAGUUCAUGGAUGCUCUGCAGGCUCUGGUGGAUUGGCUCUACAAGGUGGAGCCCCAGUUAGCUGAGGACCAGCCUGUCCACGGGGACCUGGAUCUGGUCAUGAACCUGAUGGAUGCUCACAAGGUGUUCCAGAAGGAGCUGGGGAAGCGCACGGGGACGGUGCAGGUGCUGAAGCGCUCGGGCCGGGAGCUCAUCGACAACAGCCGCGACGACACCACCUGGGUGAAGGUGCAGCUGCAGGAGCUCAGCAACCGCUGGGACACGGUGUGCAAGCUGUCUGUGUCCAAACAGACCCGCCUGGAGCAGGCCCUCAAGCAGGCUGAGGAGUUCAGGACAGCCGUGCACAUGCUGCUGGAGUGGCUCUCGGAGGCAGAGCAGUCCCUGCGCUUUCGGGGAGCGCUGCCCGACGACGCCGAGGCCCUGCAAGCCCUCAUUGAUGCCCACAAGGAGUUCAUGAAGAAAGUGGAGGAGAAGAGGGUGGACGUGAACGCGGCGGUGGGGAUGGGCGAGGUCAUCCUGGGCGCCUGCCACCCCGACUGCAUCACCACCAUCAAGCACUGGAUCACCAUCAUCAGGGCCAGGUUUGAGGAGGUUCUCACAUGGGCCAAGCAGCACCAGCAGAGGCUGGAGUCAGCACUUUCCGAGCUGGUGGCCAAUGCAGAGCUUCUGGAGGAGCUCCUGGCUUGGAUCCAGUGGGCUGAGACCACCCUGAUCCAGCGGGACCAGGACCCCAUCCCCCAGAAUAUUGAUCAGGUCAAGGCGCUCAUCUCCGAGCACCAGUCCUUUAUGGAGGAGAUGACACGGAAGCAGCCAGACGUGGACCGGGUGACAAAAACCUACAAAAGAAAAGCGACUGAGCCUCCCCACGGGCCCUUCAUCGACAAGUCCCGCGGCAACAGGAAAUGCUUGGGGCAGGCUGCUCCCCCCAGCAUGCCCAUCAUCUCCCAGUCAGAAACGAAGAAUCCCAGGAUAAACCAGCUCUCAGCACGCUGGCAGCAGGUCUGGCUGCUGGCCCUGGAGAGGCAGAGGAAGCUCAACGAUGCCCUGGACAGGCUGGAGGAGCAGCUAUGCCCAGAAUUGAAGGAGUUUGCCAACUUCGAUUUUGACGUGUGGAGGAAGAAGUACAUGCGCUGGAUGAACCACAAGAAGUCGCGGGUGAUGGAUUUCUUCCGGCGCAUCGACAAGGACCAGGACGGGAAAAUCACGCGGCAGGAAUUCAUCGACGGCAUCCUGGCUUCCAAAUUCCCCACCACCAAGCUGGAGAUGACGGCGGUGGCCGAUAUCUUUGACCGCGACGGUGACGGCUACAUCGACUACUACGAGUUUGUGGCUGCCCUCCAUCCCAACAAGGACGCCUACAGACCCACCACUGACGCUGACAAGAUCGAGGAUGAGGUCACCAGGCAAGUGGCCCAGUGCAAGUGUGCCAAGAGAUUCCAAGUGGAGCAGAUCGGCGAGAACAAAUACCGGUUCUUCCUCGGCAAUCAGUUCGGAGACUCCCAGCAGCUGCGGCUGGUCCGGAUCCUGAGGAGCACGGUCAUGGUCCGUGUGGGAGGAGGAUGGAUGGCCCUGGACGAGUUUCUAGUGAAGAAUGACCCGUGCAGAGCACGAGGCAGGACCAACCUGGAGCUGCGGGAGAAGUUCAUCCUGCCCGAGGGAGCCUCGCAGGGGAUGACCCCGUUCCGCUCGCGGGGCCGCCGCUCCAAACCCUCGUCCAGAGCAGCCUCCCCGACCAGGUCCAGCUCCAGUGCCAGCCAGAGCAACCACAGCUGCGCCUCCAUGCCCUCCUCUCCUGCCACCCCAGCCAGCGGAGCCAAGACUCCACACCACUUCUCCCGAUGUUAUGACAAACCCUGGUUGAUAAACAGUAAAGCGAGCACCCCCCUGAGGGGAAUCGAUUAUUCCGACUUCCAGCUGCCCAGCACUGAGGUGACCCCCUCGGCGGGCAGCAAGCUGAAGCGCCCCACGUUCCACUCCAGCAGGACCUCCCUGGCUGGGGACACCAGUAACAGCUCCUCCCCAGCCUCCACAGGUGCCAAAACCACCCGGGCAGGUGAGUGAGGGGAAAAGGUGGGAAAAGGUGGGAAAAGGUGGGAAAACUCCCCCCCGGUGCAGUGGAGAAAAUACAGAAUAUUUGAGGGGUGGGUGGUGGGCAAGGAGAGGCUGGCACAGCUCUGCAGCUUAAUGCAUCAGGAGGAACAGAACUCAGGGCAUCAGGAGGAACAAACUUAGGGCAUUGAGAGGAUCAAAAUUUAAGGAAUCAGGAGGAACAAAGGGCAUUGAGGGGAUCAAAAUUUAAGGAAUCAGGAGGAACAAAGGGCAUUGGGAGGAACAACACUUAAGGCAUCACAAGGAACAAACCUUAGGGCAUCAGGAGGAACAAACUUAGGGGACUGAGAGGAUCAAAAUUUAAGGAAUCAGGAGGAACAAAGGGCAUUGGGAGGAGGAGCAAGGGGCAUCAGGAGCAGCAAACCUUAGGGCAUCAGGAGAAACAAAACUUAAGGCAUCAGGAGGAAUAAAGGGCAUCAGGGGAAAAACUUAGGGCAUUGAGAGGAACAACACUUAAGGCAUCACAAGGAACAAACCUUAGGGCAUCAGGAGGA